AUGCAAUCGCUAUCCUUAUUCGGCUCACCAUUAGUCACCGCAUUGGCUCGCUCUAGCUUUACAACACCAUCUGGUCUAUCAAUUCCCGGCAUAUUAGGCAGAUGUUUUCAUGAGAUCGAGGAAAAAGGCUUGGACAUUGAAGGGAUAUUUCGCAAGUCUGGCUCAGCAGCUGCCGUGAAUCAAUUGCAAGCACAAUUUGAGGAACACCACAAUCCAUUUCUGGUUAAAGUUCCUUCAACCGUCUCAACACAUUCACUUGCUGCAUUAUUUAAGCGUUUUUUGCAGCAGCUACCAGAACCAGUAAUUCCCAGAAGCUACCAGCCAUUAUUCAUUGAUAUUUUUGAUGAAGAAAAGUGCUCAAAGGAAACAUUGAAAAGACGAUUGAAAGAUAUCUGUAAAACUCUGCCCCAUGAGCAUCUGCAUCUCUUACAAUUUCUGUUGGAGGUGGCUCACUCGAUACAACAACAUCAAGAUAAGAAUCAAAUGUCAAUUGAAUCGCUGGCCAUCAUAUUUGCUCCUACAUGUGUUCGCAUCGAUGGUGUAUCUCAACUUUUGCCCGAUUCUAAGCAAAAUAGAUCAAUAUCGUACUCAUUGAACAAUGGCAGAUCGUGUUCAAACUCGUAUACAUCACUUCCAGUUAUGCUGAAUAAGCAACAGCUGUUCCGUAGAGCACGCGAAAUCCUGUUAGGAGCAGUUCUGCGUAAGAAACAACAGCAACAAGGCAGUCGCAACCAAUUACUGUAUGGAAACAAAUCAGCAUCAACAUUGCUAUACAAGCCCAACGAACUACUUCAACUGGAAUUGGUCAAGGAGAGCAAUACUUGGAUCAGAAUUUUUGAAUUCAUGAUGACCUUUCCUGAAGUAUUCACUACCUUGACAAACCCUCUCAAAUCACAGAAAUAUGUUCGCCCUAUGCUUUCUACAAACGCUAGCGCCCCUACUGCCCCUACGACAACAACAACAACAACAACAACAACAACAACAACAACAACAACAACAACAACAAAUCCCGAAAUCAAAAAGGACCCAUCACAUAUCAAGCAGCAUAAGAUAGAUCCAGCAUCCCUGUGGACAUCGCCAUUUAACCAGCAGGAAAAGAAGAUGCUGAUCGAUUUCAGUACGCUAGAAUUCAGCGAAUCGCAUGAUUUGAUCAAGACUUUUGAAAAAUUUGAGCUCAAAGCAGACCAUCAUGGAAAAGAUAAUGACUAUCAGCAAUCCCAACCAUUGCUGCUUAGCAGUAGUUCAGCUUCCAAAUAUGUGAAAACGUUGCAAAGUUGGAAGACGAGAGAGGAAGAAAACCCAACCAUUGUGAUUCCUCAGGAGGUGAUUAUUAGCAACAAACGAAAGACGGCAAGCCGCCGUAGCCAUGCUGGAUGCAAUAACAGUAGUAGAUCACCAUCCCCUUCUUUUAUUUCAAAAAAUAACCGAGAUUGGAUCAAAUUUAAUGCUACAGCUGCAGAACCCAAUGAGAAAAACAAUACAAGACAACCAAUAUUCUUACAGCAACAACAGUAG